AUGGCGUCGAAGGCGCUUCUCCUCUUGGCGGCCGCCGUGGUCGCGGCGGCGUGCGUGGUCGGCGCCGCGGACGCCAAGUUCGGCCGCCUGGGCCGGCUCGUCAUCACCGGCGUCGUGCCCUGCAACACCGGCAGCCUCAUCGACAUCGCCACCUCCCCCGCCUUCCCGAACGCGGAUGUGGAGCUGCGGUGCGCGGGCAAGGUGGUGGCGGGCGCGACGACCAACACCAACGGCACCUUCUCCGUGGAGCUGGACAUGACCAACGCGCUGGCGGCCUUCAUCGGCGGCUGCACGCUGGUGGUGGACACGCCGCUGAUCAAGUGCAACGCCGACCUCACCGACGUCGGCAGCCCGUGUCCUACCCUAGGGCCUGCUCACCCGUCUGCUCGCGGCAUCUUCCACCUGCCCCGGCGGCAUCUUUCCACCUCUUCCCUGCCGGAUUCUCCUUCCACGCCCGACGAGCCUGAUUUCAUGUCGAAUGUUUAG